AAUUCAUCGCAUUUUUAUCUUUUCUCUUCCUACAGGACGGCACCCGGGGGCACCUGGAGGGCCUGGCGUCCGUCUACUGCGAGAUGCUGAUGGCCCCUUUUGGGGAGGUCCUGUCGGCGCUGGAGGACGCCCGGUUACGGGCGUGGUCCGAGCGGAGUCCCCACAGUUCUUCCGGUGGAAGCGGAGUGCAUCGGGCUGGCCACCGGGGGAACUCAUGCCACGGUGGUCUGCCCAACAGCCACAGCCAGCCGAUCUACGUGCCCGGGAAGUACUCGCCAUCCAGCUGUCUCUCGGACAAGGAGGAGGACGAAAUUUAUGGCUUCGGUUAUGGAGUCUUUGCCCCAAGGGUUGCCAGGACGACUCUGCAACAGCAGCAGCAGCAACAACAGCAACAAUCCCAGCAACAACAAUCACAAAAUGCCACCAAUGUACCUGCGAACAGUGCUGGCGGACAGCAAAGCUGCCUCAGUCCACGUUCGGCGUAUUUCUACGAAUUUCCACCUACGGACGGUCGCGAGACGAGCAAAAAGCGCACGACUCUGGCGCGACUUUUGAGAGGAUUAAAGACUGUUAAUAGACGUGAUAGAUCAAAUCAAAACAACGGAACCGGCACCGGAGGCGGCAGUGGCACCAGCACCGUUGGCAACAACGCCGCCGGAUCAGCGACGCAGGCACGGCUGCAAAACGAAAGACUGAGACAUUUUCAAAUGAACGGCGGCGGUGGACCGCAGCCAAGUUUCGAGGAAACCAUUCAGAGGCUGAAAAUUCAAGAAGCACUUAGGAAAAAGGAAAAGUUUCAACGAGAGCAUGAAGAGAUUCUACGAGAUAUCCGGCAGGGAUUGCUACAACUGAAUCGAGACUCCCGAGAUGACACCUACAUGUACGACGACGCAGUUACCAACGUCAUGCGAAUGCCCCACCAAGGCCACUGGUACGACGAACCUCCCUACGAAAGUGAUCCGGAUGAUUUCCUCAUGUCCGGAAUGCGACAUGCGGGACCAUCCACAACGAUACAAGGUGGGCGGGUAUGCUACACAUCGAACGGCCGAGAAGGACAAGGAGUGAUAUCGUUGCGAUCAGCUGGCGACAUAUCGAUACCCCAGCGGGGGCCCAUCCGACGGGGCCUGAUUGUACCACAGCAACCUCCGAACCCACCGACCAUCAUUCCCCUCAAGCAUGCCAGAUCGCACGACCGGGAAAGUGGAGACUACGCCGGAUCGAUAUCGGAUCUGCACAGUGUUACCUCACGCCUCAGCCAGGUUUCGAUUGGCACAAAUAAUUGCACUGCCCGCUAUCGCACACUUAGUGGUGGCCUGGGGGACGAAUCGCCCACGCCAUCGCCCACGCCGUCUUCCGAGUACGACGACAUCCUGCUGCAGAAGCAACUGGCGGCAGCGCACCAGCAUCACCAUCACCAGCUCCAAGUUGGGGACCACCUCCUGCACCAGCACCAGCAUCAGAACGGCGGCAGUGGGGGUAGUUCCGGGAUUGGCAGUCAAAGUGGCCAAAGUGGGACCCUCGGGACGCUCGGUUCCGGGAGUAAUGGCUCCGGGGGCAUCGGGAGCGGAGGAAGUGGUAGCGGCGGCGGAGGAGGAGGAGGACUGGGAAUCAGUGGUAGCGGCGGUAGUACAAAGAAUGGAGUCAACAAUCUCAAGAACCUGAAGGCGGCCAAGAAUCGGAACAAUCUAUCAUCGUCGCUGGCGGCGGCGGCGUCGCACAAUAAAAAUUUAACGAUAAGUCAACAAAUAGCUUUAGUACAUCAUUCCAAUGACGCUAGAACAUCACCAAAGGACCAUCUGCUGAACGCCAGCAGCCGAAAUAAUAGAGAUUACAGCAAUUGCCUCGACAGCAUCAGUGACCAAACCACGUUCCAGCACUCGGCCAGUUCCGUCGAGAGCCUCCCCAGUGCAUCGGGAUCAAGCACACAAGCUCUGGUCCGGCCGGGCAGUCCGCACAGUUCGCUCUCGGCGGAGGACCGAACCACGAUGGUUCCAAUUUGCCGGGCGAUAGCCCUAAUCGACAGUAAUCCGAACCCGUACGAUAAGGAAGCUUUAAGGUUUAAGAAAGGCGAUAUCAUCGAUGUCCUGUCGAUGAACGCAUCCGGAGUGUGGCGAGGGUACGCCAACGGUCGGUUAGGACAUUUUAAGUUCAUCAGCGUGGAAGUGCUGCCGGACCAUCCGGUGAAACCGUACAGUACCGGGAAGCUGCUCAGCCGGAAUCGACUGCCAACGAGUUGUCCCACUAGUGUGGAAGAACUGCUACUGCGGAUAGGACUGAAGGAGUACACUUCGGUGUUCGUGCUGAAUGGAUACGAGGACCUUGAGUUGUUCAAAGAACUGGAGCCGUCCGAUUUAGACUACUUAGGAAUUGGAAACACCGAGCAUCGUGCCAAAAUACUAGCGGCUGUGCAAUUGUUGCAUGACCUUGAUUCAACAUCCGAUGGCGAGGUGGCGGGUUCCAGUUCGGAAAACGACGAAGGCCUCCGGUUGGGUCACAUCAAAAGUAGUGGUGGUGGUUGUGUUGGUGGCAGCGGGCCCGGUGGCCAACAGCAGCAGCAACAGCAGCACCAUCACGGCAGCCACCAGACGUCUCCUUUUGGUCGGCGGCACUUCCCUCGCGAUUCGGGCUGCUACGAGGGAUCUCCGGUGCCAUCUUCACAGCAAUCCAAUCACCAUCACCUGAACCACCAUCAUGGCAGCCACAGCAAUAGCAACAGUAGCAGCAGCAAUCAGGGUGGACAGAACAGCUCGUCGGACAACGAUACGAAUAAUUUGGACUCGGUGGUGGCCCAGUGCUCGAAUGAGAUUCUGAAACGGGUCGAGGGUGCCCGGCGGUUUAAGACGACCUCCUCGGAUGGCAGUGGGAAUGUGGCGAAAACGAUGAACCGAGCAACGAAGAAGGGUGGUCUGCUGGGGGGAGGUGGUAGUGGUGGAAGUGUGGUCGGGGGAGAUGAUAUGACGAUACGAAGCAGCAGCGGGAGUGGAGGAGGGGGCGGGGCGUUGAGCGAGAAGUCGAGUGAUUCUGGAGUGAGUAGUAGCAGUUUGUCGUCGGGGCCGAUUAAGAAUAACCUUUAGCGGAGUUUACUGUUGGCGAGCGAGGGAUGAGUGGGCGCGUGGCGGAGGUUUGGCGAGGACGAGGAGCUGGAUUUGGAUGAGCAGGACGAGACGACAGAGGCCUAUAGGUAGGUAAGGGCCAGGGAGCUUUUUUUUAUCUUGCAUUUUAUCUGUUAAGCACACUGCCAAAUAAUGUGACGAAAGGAAAUAGAUUCUUUUAUAAAUGUUCUAGUUUAGGUACGUGUAUUUGCUUUUAAUGAAUGGACUACAGUCAUUGUUAAAUGGUGAAGCUGACAUCUGGAAGAAUCUCUAUGUUUAGAAAGUCACAUGAGGAAUCUUAAAUUGUCUAAAUUUGGUGCUCUAUGCCUUACACCCUGCCGCUAGGCCGAAAUGCCCGUCAUCAGAAUCGUAGGAUUUCUCGCUCGAAAUUUCAAAGUGAUAAAACUCAUUCAUAAAAAUUCAAAGUGCAUAUGAUGAUGGGUACUUUUGACGUAGGACUACGUCUUUCUUUUCUAUACCGGGGUAUACUUUGCAAAAACCAAAAAUCGACCGCGUCACGAAAUUAUGAAAAAUUUCAAACGUUAAUAACUCAAAAAGUAAACGAUGGAUUUUUCGGAUUAUAGCUUGAAUCGAUGGGAAAUCUGCACAACAAUUUUCUACAAUACUUGAAAGUUACUAUUUUCAAUCAUAAACUAUUGAAAAAUUGAAAAUUGUUGACCCAUCUUUUCACUGACCAAUCACGUGCAAGCAGAAUUUUGGAUUUUUCCUUGCGGUAUAAAAGCAUUCUGUUUCUGCUGCGUGACUGCAGAACUGCCCGUUUUUCAAGAACGCGAGGCAAACAAUAAUUGAAUACCGAAAAAUCAAUGAUUUCUAUGAAAAUUCAGUGAUACACCGCAACAACUCACCUUAGCAAGUGAAUAUAACUGAUUACAAAUGAAUGAUCCCAUCUGUGGCAAUAACCAGGGCUGGAUUUAGGAAUUCGGGGGGUCAUGGUCAUGGUCCCGGGACCCCACAUCUGAGGGGCCUCUACAAAUCUCACUUUAAGGAUAAAAAUGUGAAGCAAGAAAAAAGUAACGCACGAUAAGGAUAUUUUAAGCAUGUGGCAUAGGCUGCGGUUUAUUUAAGUUGUUGGAGCCUGGAAUUCGUAAACUCUUCUAGAUUCAAAUGACACAAAAAAAACCUCUGAGUUAGAGCCAAAAAUAUUGAAAUUUAGAGGUGGUGCAAUCGCCUCAAAGUUGAAUUUUCGAAUAAUAAAAAGGUGUUUUCACUUCAGGUACCAUAACUUUCAACCGAUUUUCAAUCUUCUGAAGACUGGGUAUUCCAUCUCAGUUUUAAGAAUGUGUAAGCAAAUUUUCAUUGGUAGAAUCUUUGAAAUGUUACUUCAAAAGUUUCUUUAUGCUUCAGGAGCUCUAGGUAAAUUCCACCAGGAGAUGCUCGGAAGUUCCACAGGAGUUGCUAAGGAAAUCAUUCAUACUUUCCCUGGGAAUAUCUCCAGGAUUUCCUUGGAAAUUCCUCCAGAAGUUCAUCGGGGAUUUCUCCAGAAGUUCCUUGGGAAAUCUCUUAGGAGAUUGUCGAAAAUUUAUCCAAGAAUCCUCGGGAAUUUCUCCAGGAGUGCCUCGGGAAUUGCUUUAGCAGUUCCUUUGAAAUUCCUUCAGGAGCUCCUCGAAAAAUGGUACAAGAGUUUCUUGGAAAUUGUUCCGGGAGUUGAUCGAGAAUUCAUGCAGGAAUACCUAGAAUUCCUCAAAGAGUUUCACGGGAAUUCCUCAAGGAGGUUCUCGGAAAUUCCUACAGCAGUUCCUCGGGAGUAUCUCCAGAAAGUCCACGAAAAUUACUCGGGAUUUCCUCCAGAAGCUCCUGGGCUAUUUUUUCAGGGUAGGCAUUUAUCGAAGAGUUCUCUGGGAAACCGUUCAGAAGUUCCCAUGAAAUGCUUCCAGGAGUUGCCCGCGAAUUUCUGCAGAAGUUCCUUAGGAAUUUAACCAGGACUUCUUCUAUAGAAUUCUUCCAGGUGUUAUUUUCAAAAGCUCUUCCAGGAGUUCCUCGGAAAGUCAUCCAGGAGUUCCAUUGGAUUUCCUCAAGGAGAUUCUUCGGGAGGUCUUCGGGAUUUUUUUUCCUGGAUUUCCUUGUUUUUUUUCAGAAGUUUCUUGGAAGUUCCUCCAGAACUUCCUCGAAAAUUUCUUCACGAGUUCCCGAUAAAUUUCUCCAGAAAUUCCCCGCAAAUUUAUACAGAAAUACCUUGGGAAUUUCUUCAGAAGUUCUUCGAGAAUUUUUACUGCAGUUUUACCAGAAGUUCCUCGUAAAUUCUUUCACGAAAUACCCACAUAACUUCAUGAAUUCCUUCAGAAGUUGCUCGGCAAUUUUCCUAGUAGAUCCCAGUACUUUUUUUUAGGACUUAACAGGAUCUUCCAUGGAUCUUCCAUCCAUUCCUUUCCUUUACAUUAAUUGUGUAGGAGUUUCUCAGGAGUUCCUCCAAGAGUUCCAUGUGAAUUCUUCAAGGUGUUCCUCAGAAAUUUCUCCAGGAUUUUCUCGGGAAUACUUGAAGAAGUUCCACGGGAAUGCCUUCAGGAGUUUCUCGGAAAUUUCCCCAAGAGCUCCUCGGGAAUUCCUCCAGGAAUACCUUUAGGAAUUCUUUUGAAAUUCCUCGGAAAGGUAUCCAGGACUUCCUCGGGAAUCUCUCCAGGCGUUGCACGGAAAUGUUCCAGGAGAUCCCUGGCAACUUUUCCAGAAGCUUCUAUGAAAUUGUUUCAUAAUUUCCUCCGGAAUUCCUCUUCAAGAUUUCUCUAGGAAAUUCUCUGGGAAUUUCUCAAGCAGUUCCUCGAAUACUUUCAGGAGUUCCUUGGGCGUUCCUUCAGGAGUUCCACUGGAUUUCUUCUAGAAAAUGCUUGUCCACGAGUUGCUAGAGAAAUCUUGCAGAAGUUCUACGUGAAUUCACUCAGAAGCUCCUCAGGAACAUCUCCCUAAAAAACUUCCAGUAGAACACUUGGAAGAAUUUCUAAGGAAUCUCCGAAAAACUCCUGGUGAAAUUCCCGAGGAAUUUGCCAAGGAACUUCUGGAGGAAUCCCCGGGGAACUCCUGGAGGAACUCUUUGUGACUUCCUGGAGGUGUUCUCAGAGAACUCCUGGAGAAACUCCUUGGGAACUCUUGAAAGUAUUCUCAAAGAAUAUUUGGAGGAAUUUCCGGAGAACUCUUGGAGAAAUUCCUGGAGAAAUCCUGGAGGAGUUCGCUGGGAACUCCUGUAAGAAUUUCCUGGAAACUCCUUUGAAAUUUAAGGAGGAAUUUCCGGGAAACUUUUUUGGAAAUUCCUGGGGAAUUCCUAGAGGUAUUCUCGUGAAAUUUCCAAAAAAAACUCUUAUGAGUUCUUGAGGAACUGCUUGAGACAAUUUUAGAAUCAUUUCUCAGAAGUAUCACAGAAGGAAUUCUGGGAGAACUCUUGGAGGAAACCCGGAAAGUGCUUCUGGAGGAAUCUCAAAAAGAACUGUUGUAGGUAACCAUAAAGAAAUAACUAGAAGAGCUCCAGAAGGAACUACUGGAAGAAUUUCAGAAGCAUAAAAAACUGGGGCAUUCCCAGAAAAAAACUAUUUAAAGAAUUCCACAAGGAUGAAUCCCACACGGAACUCCUGUAGGAAUUGUAAAUUCUUUUAUUUUUCACAUCCUUCUUACAGCAUCGUUUCGUUGAAAUGCUGUCAGAUAAACAAAUGUCAAAAUUACUCACGGAAAAAGGAGGAGAGCACUCUACUUUAAAAAGACACUACACCGUCUUCAGCCAGAGGCUGCACAGACUGUAUAUUACCAACACGAGACAACGGACAACACACAUAACACCCAGUGGCCCAAUGGAGAAUUUUCCGUUUGACGAAAAGUUUUCUUCCAGAAAGUUUCACUACUGAAUAUCUUUCUCACCUCGUAGAUUUCCAAUUUGGUCUUGAGCCAUUUGGGCACUUGCCGCCAACUAAAUCAAUUUCAUACCAAUUGAUUUGAUGUAUAUUUUUCAUCUUCGGAAAAGCACUAACACGGUCAUAACUUUUUUUGUUUUUCGAUAGAUUUUGAUGAAAUUUUUACAAUUUCCCGAAAAACUCUUCUAGUUUAGCAUUCCGGAGACAUAGGCGCCUGGUCCACAUGGUUCCGGAGUUAUUCCGGAUUGCCUUGGCUUACCAAAAUUGGCCACAUACAUUGCACAACGUAUAUCUCAAGAUCCCGAUAAGGUAGAAGUAUACUGUCUUUGGCGAAUUUGUUCAGCAACUUAAGAACUAACUAGCAACGGCGACUGGUUCGCGAUUCGGCCGCUAGACGGCGCCAUUGUCAAAAAUGUUUAAACACUCAUAUCUCAGAAACCUGAAAAGAUAGAACGAUGCUGUCUUCGGCGAAGUUCUUCAGCAGGCUCAGAACUAUCUGAUAGUAACGUCUUUGGUUUGGGAUUUGUCCGCUAGGUGGCACCAGGGUAAAAAGUGUUCAAACUUCUAUAUCCCAGAAUCCUGAUAAGAUAGAAUGAUGCGGUCUUCAACAAAGUUCUUCAGCAAGCUAAAAGCUGUCUGAUAGUUGAGUCUUUUAUUCGUGAUUUAUUUGUUAGUGAGCUAAAAGCAUGGCGUUUUCUGAGAAAUUGUUCGGCAGGUUGAUAUCUAUCUGGCAAUGGCGACGCUAGGUGAUACCAGCAAUCAAAACGUUCAAACAAUUUUAUCUCAAAAAUCUAAAAACGUCCAGCAAAUUGUUCUGAAAGAAUAAGAAAAAGUAAAAAGACCUGGUAUCCUUGGUUCUGAUAUUAUUCGAUAGGUUGCGUUUAGUAUAAAAAAAAUAUAUACUUGUAUGAACUGAACACCCUUAUGAAGAAGAAGUAUUCCGUUUUCAGCAUAGUUGUUCAGCAGGAGCAGAGCUAUUUGGCAGGGUAGGCGUCAACUACGGUAGUGCAAGAGGCAAUACUUUUACACCGUCUUUGACCCCCUGCAGAUAAAUUUUGUCACCCCACAAUAUUGCUUCUUUUGCUCUGUUGUCCUUCCGGGAAUGUCUCCGGGAAUUUCUACAGGAAUUCUUCCAGGAUUUUUUCCAGGAAUUCUUCCGGGAAUUUUGCCAGGAAUUUGUCUGGGAAUUCCACCGGGAAUUUCUCCAAUAGUUCCACUGGGAUUUCCACAAGAACUUCCUCCAGGAAUUUCUUCACGAAAUCCUCCGGGAAUUCCUCUAGGACAUCCUCCAGAAAUUUCUUCGGGAUAUCCCCCAGGAAAUCCUCUAGGAAUUUCUCCGGGGAUUUCUCCAGGAACACUUUCAGGGAUUCCUUCAGGAAUUCCACCGGGAAUUUGUCUAGGAAUUCCCCCGAAAAUUUCUCUAGGAAUUCCACCGGGAAUGUCUCCGAGAAUUACUCCGGAAAUUUCUCCUCGAUGUUCUCUAGGACUCUCAUCAGGAGUUCCAGUAAUUCUUCCGGAUUGUUUCCAGGAUUUCCUCCGGAAAUUUCACUGCAAUUUUCAUUUCCUCCAGGAUUUCCUCCAUUAGUUCCUCCAUGAAUUCCUCCGGGAAUUUCUUCAGGAAUCCCUCCGGGAUGUUCUACAGGCAUUCCUCCAAGAAUUUCUCCAGGAAUUCCUCCUUGAAUUUUUCCAGGAGAAUAUCUCCGGGAAUUCCUCCGGGAAUGUCUUCGGAAAAUCCUCCAGAAAUUCCUUCGAGAAUUCCUCCAUAAAUCCCACAAGGAAUUUCUUCAGGAAAUCCUUCCAAAAUUUCUCCUGGAAUUCCAUUGGGAACUCCUUUAGAACUUCCUCCAGGAAUUUCUCCAGAAAUUUUUCUUGAACUCGCAUCAGGAAUUCCUCCGGUGAUUCGUCCAGGAACUCCUCCGGAAAUGUUUCCACGAUUUCCUCCGGGAAUUUUACAGAGAAAUUCCCCAGGAACUAUUCCUGGAAAAUCACCGGGAAUUUCUCCAGGAAUUCCUCCAUGAGUUCCUGCGAUUACUUUUCCGGGAAUUCUAUCAAGAAUUUCUCCAGGAAAAUCCUCCGGGAACUUCUCCAGGAAAUCUUCCAAGAAUUUUUUGGGAAUUUCUUCAGUAAAUCUUCCAGAAAACCGUCCAGGAAUUCUUUCAGGAAUCCCUUCAAGUAUUCCUCCGGGGAUUCUUCUGAAAUUCAUUCGGAAUUUUCUCCAAGAAUUCCUCUGAGAAUUCUUCUAGGACUUCAGGAAUUCCUGAGGAAAUUUCUCUAGGAACUUCUUCCGGGAUUUUUUCCAGCCAUUCCUCUGGAAAUUUCUUCAGGAUAUCCUCCUUCCUGGAGGAAUCCCCGGAAGGAAAUCCUGGAGGAAUGUCCGGAGAUUAUUCCUAGUGGAAUCCCUGGAGGGAAUUUCUGGAGGAAUCCUCGGAGGAAUUCUUGCAGAAAUACCUGGAGGAAUUCCUGGAACAGCCCCAGUAGAAGUCCUAGAGAAAUUACCGAAGAAAUCACCGGAGGAAUUCCUGAAGGAAGUCCUAAAGGAAUUCCCAGUGGAAUUCCAGGAGAAAUUUUGGAAGGAUUUCUUGAAGAAAUUCCUAGUGGAAUAUCUGGAGGAAUUCCCAGAGGAAUUUCCGGAGACAUUUCCGGAGGAAUUUCUAGAGAAAUCCACGGAGGAAUUCCUGGGUUUUCUGAAAAAAAAAUAUCACGGAAGGCUUCCUGAAGAAAUUCCUGGAGAAAUUCCAAGUGGAUUUUCUUGAAAAAAAAAACAAGUUUUCCUGAAGAAAUUCCCGAAAACAAUCCUGGGGGAAUCCCUGGAAGAAUUCCUGGAGGAUUUCCCGGACAAUGUCCUGAAGAAAUUUCCGAAGCACUUCCUGGUGAAUUUCCUGAAGAAAUUCCCGGAGAUAUUCCUGAAGGAACUCCUGGAAAAAUUCCCAGCAAAAUUCCUGGAGAAAUUCCCAGCAAAUUCCUGGAGAAAUUCUUGAAGGAAUUACUGAAAAAAAUCCCGGAGGAAUUCAUUCCCGGAGAAACUCUUGGAAAUUCUCAGUGAAAUUUUCGGAGGAAAUCUUGGAAAAACUCCCGUAGGAAUUCCUGAAAAAAAAUCAAGAAGUACUCCUGGAGAAAUUACCGAAAGUAUUCCUGAUGGGAGCAAAUUCUGGAGAAAUUUCCGGAAGAAUUCCUAGAUAAAUUCCCGAUUCCUGGAGGAAUCCCUGAAGGAAUUCCUGGAGGAUAUCCCGGAGAAAUUUCUGGUGAAUGUCCUAGAGGAAUUCCCGGAGGAUUUCCUGAAGAAAUUCCUGGAGAAAGUUCUUGCAGAAAUUCCCGGGAAUCCCCGGAAAAAUUCCUGGAAAAAAAUAUUGAUGAAAUGGGCGUUUUCUGCUGAACAGUAGAUAUGGUCCUCCCAAAAGUAUCAAUAUAGGGUAUGUGUUCCAUCAGUAAUCUCACGCUCCCAAAUUCAUCCUAUUCGAAAACAAGCUAUUACGGUACCGAUUGAUUCCGUUCUUUUUGUUUUCAUGCGUGCUCACUUCUAACAAAAAAUACAAAAAUAUGAAACAAAACAAAUAACGCUUCAAUCCUUUGUUUUUCGUAGGAUGAAAAUGGGAGCCACAUGCUUAAUAAGGGAACCAAUACCCUACAUACAGAUACUGUGAACUUAAGAACAAUAAAUACUAACAGACACUUCACUUUUUCACCAAAAUGAAUGUAAGCCAGUCGAAAUGAAACAAAUCCUCCAUUUGAAAGAAAUGUCCGCUCUAAAAUGACCAUUUUAUCAUCUCAAAUUGUUUGUGUUUUUGACUGUUGCUCCUUAGUAGAAAUAGGCUAUUAUUUCAGAAAAAAUCGAACCAAACCAAAUGUCUUCGUAACACAUGCCACUUUCUACACGGAAAAGAAAAAAUAACACAAAUUGAGAAAAAAAACAUGAAAUGCGUACCAACGAUCCCUAGAUCAACGUAGGUAAGAGAACACUUGUGAUAUGUAAUAAAUUAUCUGUUUUUUUAGUUUUUGUUUUUGUUUGGUUUCGGAAAACGACGUUUUCCUUGUUGUUUUGUACAUGAUCGACUCUCCAAGGCGUGUAAACUAGUUUUAUAUACAUGUUGUAGUGCGAAUCUCGAAGUUCUCCAGGAGAACUAUUCCGUCAAGCUGUUAAAACUGCCGUCAAUCUGUUUUUCUACGACGCACUUGUAGGAUUAUUCUGUAUAAAAGUGUACCAUCUUUGUUAUCCAUGUUCUUUCUCGAUUGCAUUCGAGCGAGCGGUGAGUAGAAAAGCAAUAGUUAAGAAUCCGUAAACGAGUGAGCAAGACAAUUAAAGACACGGAUCUAGAGAGAUUCCGCACAUGUCGUAGAACUUUUUGUACAUAGAUAUUGAUUACGAUCAAAGAAGCAUUUCUACAUUUCACGGAAAGAAUUUGUUUGUAUAUAAAUAACAUUGAACCAAGAUCACUGAGCAUUUAACGAGAAUAAAACGAAUUUAGUCAUAUUUUGUCUCUUCAAAGCAUAGCGUUAGAAAACAUGAAAAAAUCUUCCACAAAAUCCUGAUUGGUCAAUGACGUUGUAAAAAAAGAACCGUAUCUUGCAAAUCCAAAUUAAUAUCAAAGAGUAGCAGAAUUCUCGUUUAACCUAGAAAAUAGUAAACAAAUCAACAUUUGAAUGUGAUUAUAUUUCGCCAAAAACCACAAAACUGGUAUCGAGCAGCAGAAGACCGAAAAGCCAGGGUUUCAACAACACAAACAACAAACAACAAUAAUAGCAAAACAAAUUAACUAGCAGAAACAACAGUAAACCGGAAACACACAAAAGUAGGACAAACAAAUUUUAAAUCAAUUGAUAGUUAAUAACUCAUCGAAUAGGAAAAAAAUGCAACCAAUCGAAGCUUCAUGUUGAUCUAAACAAUAAAAUAGACAAGUAAUACUGAUGAUUUCACGUUAUGUUAAGCUCUGAUGCUUUUACCCCAACACAAAACGAAGGACUUUAUUUGUAAAUAUACUUUAGCGAAAUGUAAGAUUGGUGUAAAAUAUUGAAACCUUGUCCGGAUGAGAUCAGUUGUCCAUAGCUGAUUGUUUCCCCGAACGUACUCUCGAAGUGAAUGCGCAAAAAUCUGAAACCUGCAAUCUUGGUUGACAACGUACCAAAUAGAAAUGGACAAGCGUAGUUAGAAUUUCCACUUAUACAUAUUGUUUUUAUGAAACUGUUUAUCGAAUUUCCACUCGAGGAAGGCAUCAAGUUUUAGCAAUCGGAAUUCUAUUGUACAUAGAUUGAGGACAAUUAAAUUAUUUAUGAAAAAAUGUGAAACUUAUAAAGCAAAUCAAAAUCUUCAACAGCAGCAAAUCGAUUAUUAGUCACGAUAUCAUAUAGAAGGAAUGAUCAACAGACGAAAAUAAAUUCAAUUCUGAACCAUUAA